AUGAAACAGGGGUACCUAGAUGAGCAAUUUUGUCAGGUGGAAGACUUGCAGGAUGAAGCUAGUCCUAAUUUUGCGGAAGAGGUUGCCACUUUGUUUUUCAAGGACUCGGCCAGGCUAAUAUCAAAUGUUGAACAAGCUCUAGAAAAAUACCCCAAAGAUUUCAAUAGAUGGGAUGCAUACAUGCAGCAGCUAGAAGGCAGCUGUUCCAGCAUUGGUGCUUCAAGGAUGAAGAGUGAGUGCAUGUCAUUCAGGGAUUACUGUGGACAGGGAAAUGUUGAAGGUUGCAUGAGAUCGUUCCAUAAAGUGAAGAGGGAGCACGGUGCCCUGAGGCAGAAACUAGAGGCCUAUUUCCAGCUGCUACGACAAGCUGGUCCUGCUGGAGCUGCCACCAGGCCCGGGAUGUAA